AUGGAUGACAAUUACUUGUCGGGUUCUUUACCCGAUGAGAUAUGCCAUGGUGGAUCUCUUCGAAACAUCUCAUUGGGGAGCAACAUGCUAAGAGGUCCGAUUCCUCGGAGCUUGAAGAACUGCUCGAAGUUACAUGAACUCAUUUUAUGGGGGAAUCAGUUUACGGGAAACCUGUUAGAGGUGCUAUAA